AUGGAUUUAUGGCCUGUGAAAUACUCCGAAAAUCGACAUGUUACCAAGAAACUCGUUAAACCCUCAAAUCAAAAGCCCAGAAAAACCCAUGAAGAAUUGACUGUUAAUGGUCCUAGAAUCGUUCGAAUAUCGGUCACUGAUCCUUAUGCAACAGAUUCCUCCAGUGAGGAAGAUGACGAGCUUUUCUGUCAGCAGCGAGUUAAGAAGUACAUCAAUGAAAUCAAAUUAGAAACAGCUAGUCAAAGUCAUCCUAACGCCAUUAGUAGCAGUACUAAUUGCAAGAAGAGUCUUCAACCCAAGCAGAAGCCGAUGAAGGUGAAGGAGAUGGCUCCGGCUAAUGGUGGCGUUAGAAAGUUCUGGGGUGUUAGGCAGAGGCCUUGGGGAAAAUGGGCGGCGGAAAUAAGAGAUCCGUUCCAGAAAGUUAGGCUAUGGUUGGGCACUUACAAUACGGCGGAGGAAGCAGCAAUGGUAUAUGACAACGCCGCCAUUAAACUUCGUGGACCGGAUGCUUUAACUAAUUUCGGCCAUCCUCCGGCAAUGGAGAAGCCGGGAAUCAAUGUGACUUCAGUUUCCGGCUACGAGUCCGGUGAUGAGUCACGCAAUCUUUGUUCUCCGACUUCUGUUCUCCAGUCCAGAAGUAGUCAACAGUCAAGUGAAGACCAACCCGACCCGGUUCAAAACUUGUGCAAACCGGCUGAACCUUGUGGAUCGGUUGAUGGACCGGCUUUGGAAACCGGGUCGGUCAAUGACCCGGUUCUUGAAGUUGAAGAGUGCAAAUGGGACUCUAAUGGGGUGCCAAAUUAUUUAAAUGAGUAUUUGCCAAUGGAUAUCCCAUUCUUAGAAGAUUUCUUCAAUUUCCAAUCUCAAGAACAGACAUUAUUUGAUGAAUAUCCACCAAAAAUUGCCAAUGAUUCUUGUGACUUUGAGAUGUCAUUUGAUGACUUUCCAUCUUUGGAUCACAGCUCACAAGUGGAAAAUUUUGGAGAAUUUAACAACUCGAUCGAAGAACUUCCCCUAUUAGGAUUAGAAGUUGAUAAUUAUUUUUGCGAUGAGAUGAAAUCUAUUUGA